AUGUCAGCCGCUUUCGAAUUUAACGAAGAAGUAAAAAAGAUCAGUAUACCAGAUCAAAAACAUAUAUCCCUCAAAACCCUUCUAAACGUGUUCUCUAUUGAUGAAGAUUGCCUUGUAAAUUUGAAGUAUACUCUCGGUGAUGAUGAAUUUUAUGUAAGCACAAGUUGUGAUGGAAAAAAUUUUCUUCUUCCGAUUGAUCAGAAGGUUACGGUGUUCCGAGUUGAAACAAGUUCUCGUCCUGCAACCCCAAUGCAGAUGGAAAAGUCAAAAAAGCUCGCCAUCACUUUGAACAGUUGGGAGAAUCGUGUCUUCCUCAUAAAUGGAGAUAAGUUCAGAGGGACGUGCGUUUUGAUUGAUGAUCAAAACAUUCUCACCGCAGCACACCUCUCGUUUAAAAAAGGCAAAACGUAUCAAAUUCAUGGAACAAAUGAGCGCACUUUCACAGUUCAAUGCAAAUACAUUAACGCGGCUGCAGAUUUUGCAAUGCUUCAUUCAAAGGAUCUGCCUAAUUUAUCCGUUUCUAUUGAAAAUCUAAAUCGAGGGGACAAAUACUAUAUGAUGGGUUAUCCCAUGGGAUUGAAACAUAACGAACCAACCGUUACCAAGGGUAUCAUUGAGGGAAUGACGUCUGACUCAGGACAUUUGGUUGGUACGCCAGGCUCAAGACGUGGAUAUUCAGGCGCACCCGUGUUCGAUGAGUCAGGCAGGAUGGCUGGGCUGUUGCUUGGAAGCACUAGUAGUUUAGGCGCACAAACCACCGUGGAGGAAUGUCUUCCAUCGAUGAAUGAACAGAAGUAUGCGCGAAUCCUCGGAAUUCUAGAGUGUAUUCACAUGUUUCAUUUGGGUAACAUCUUCAAUUUCAAUAUUUAA